GUCCAGUAUUCGGGCGAUGUGGAUAGCGCCCGACGCCACGACGCCGCAAGGACGCAGCAAGGAAGAGAGGAGGCCGGCGACCGAUCCGCCAAGGAGGUUGAUCGCCCGCGUGCCACCGAUAGACGCGGGUGGCGACGAGGGCGAGGACCCGAAGGCGCUGGUGUCGCUCCUCGAGCGCGUGCUGCAAAAGAUCUCGUCGAUCCCUGGAGCACUCGAAGCCAUCUCGUCGGACCCGUCGCUCUUGCGCGAGCUGCAGCAACACGAGCUGCUCUUCUACCCGAGCAGCACGCCGACGCGGACGUCGCUGUCUGCGCUCGACAGCAGCGCAGUCGAGUUGCAGUCGAGCCAACAAGAGCUUAUUGGCGACGACGACGAUGGCGACGACUUUCCUGUCACCUUCGUGCCACCCCAGCACACGCCAGCUUCGUCGUCAAGCGUCGCGAUCCCUGCAAUGACGCUGCUGCCACCGCCGCCCAUGUCGGCGUCACUCGCGUCCAACUCGCCAAGCUUCUCGAUGGGUAUGCUCAGCAUGUCGCCAGGUACCUACUCACAGGACGGCGAGCCCGUCUCUGCGCUCUGGCCACGCCAGCCCAACGAGUUUGCCUUCACGCAAGAGGACGAGAGCAAGGAAGAUGAUCUUUACAAUGAAGUGCUUUGCUCGGACGACGACGACGACGACGACGCGAACAAGGUGUUUGAAAUGGACAUGGAAGACGAUGCGCCGUUUCGAAGCGAACCCGCCGCCGUCCUGCGCGACGAAGACACGCUGCAAGACGACGAUGACGACGAUGACGACGACGGCGACGACGCCGAGAUCCAGUACGAGACCAUGCGCCUCCGCAUCGUGCGGGAGAAGAACAAGACGGGCUUUGAGCCGAGCCAAGAGUGGGAGGCCCACGCCGGCGUGCUGCUCGGCGGUCAAUACAGCAUCCAUGGGCUCAUUGGCGAGGCGGUCUUUAGCCAAACGUACAAGGCGACCGACACGCGCACGGGCCAGCUCGUGUGCCUCAAGGUCAUCAAGAACAACAAGGAAUACUUUGACCAAGGCCUCGACGAGAUCCGCGUCCUCGAGCACAUGCGCAACAGCGUCGACGACAUGGACUCUGUCCACAUUGUGCGGCUCCUCGACUACUUUUACUACAAGGAGCACCUGAUCUUGGUCACCGAGCUUUUGCGCGACAACUUGUACGAAUUUUCGCGUCUCGUUCGUACGCAGCCCGCGGCGUCGGCGCUCAGCGCGUACUUUACGCUGCCGCGGCUCAAGAAGAUUGCGAUCGAGUGUCUCGAAGCGCUGGCGUUUCUCCACCGCCUCCACAUUGUGCACUGCGACCUCAAGCCUGAAAACAUCGUCAUGAAGAGCUUCCAAAAGUGCGAAAUCAAGCUCAUCGACUUUGGCUCGGCAUCUUUUGUCUCGGACGAGCUCACGUUCUACGUCCAGUCGCGCUCGUACCGCGCGCCCGAGGUGAUUCUGGGCCGCCGCUACGAUGAAAAGGUGGAUGUGUGGUGCAUCCUCGCCGAGCUCUACACGGGCCACGUGCUCUUCGCCAACGACUCGGUGCCGUCGCUCCUCGGGCGCAUGAUAAGCAUCCUCGGCGCGUUUCCGACCGCGAUGCUGCGGUCGUCGCCGGACGUCGCCAAGUAUUUCGACGCCGACUUUGUCUUGCGGUCGCCCGUGCCGCCAAAGACGUCGCUGUGGCACGCGCUCCACUGCGCCGACCACCUCUUCAUCGACUUUUUGCAGUCGCUUUUGACGGUCAACCCGAGUUUGCGCGUGACGGCGGCCGUCGCGAUCGAGCAUCCGUGGCUCCAAACCAACGUGUUUGGCCGGCACUGAGAGUCCAAAUAGAUAGUACUACA